GCCUCACUGAACAGCGCCCCCGCCCUGGUCCGUCUGGGAAGCGGCCCCUUCCGCUGUGCCGGCGGGGCCUGCUCCGAGCGCGGGAAGCAGGAAACCAUCUGACCUGUCUGCUUUGGGCUCCUGACAAAAAGACAUGGCUGUCACACUGCACACUGAUGUGGGAGAUAUUAAAAUAGAGAUAUUCUGUGAGCGAACACCUAAGGCCUGUGAAAACUUCCUGGCUCUUUGUGCUAGUAACUACUACAAUGGCUGCAUAUUUCAUCGGAAUAUCAAAGGAUUCAUGGUGCAGACAGGGGAUCCAACAGGCUCUGGGAAAGGAGGUAACAGCAUUUGGGGCAGGAAAUUUGAAGAUGAAUACAGUGAACACCUAAAGCACAGUGUCCGUGGUGUCGUUUCCAUGGCAAACAAUGGCCCAAACACCAAUGGAUCUCAGUUCUUCAUUACAUAUGGCAAACAGCCACACCUAGAUAUGAAGUAUACUGUCUUUGGGAAGGUAAUUGAUGGUCUGGAGACCCUAGAUGAGCUGGAGAAGCUCCCGGUGAAUGAGAAAACCUACCGACCUCUUAACGAUGUUCACAUUAAGGACGUCACAAUUCAUGCCAACCCUUUGGCUUCAUAGACAUAAAGUGCCUGGACAGAUUCCUGAGAAGCUGGUCAGACUGACUGCUAAUCAUAGUAUUGAAGUGACACUAAAAAGGUGUCAAUUUGGAUCAGACCUUUACUGCUUGAAUGCAGGACUUUCAGGAGCUGACAGCAUCAGGCAGGGUCCAAAGGGGUGCCUCAAACUGGCUCUUCUAGUUCUAGCUAUUCCAGACAAUCUGCCAAGGCUCUGAUUGUGAACUUUUAGUUUACUUUUUGUACAUUUAAGAUAAAGGGGAAAGAAUCUUUUUAAAAAUAUUUUUUUUUUCAAUCCUU